GGAGACGCCACUGAAGUAGAAUAUCAGAAGCCACUGGUGUCAGAAGAGGAUGCUGCCCUUCUUAGCUCAGAGAACGGCACUCGGCGAAGCUCUGUUGAACCUGCUCCUGUAUCUGAGCAUUUUCAUCCCAUUCUUGGCACUGGCUUGGACACUUUAUUACCAUGUCACCAGGACCCACAUGCCUCCAGGAAUCAGCCAGGGUGCAAAAAUACGUGUUAUGAUUCUUGUUGGGAAUCUUACGGUUGGGCUGGCACUGUUUCUGGAGAAAGUUGGCAUCUGCCAUAAGUAUGUCAUCUGGAGGCUUGGGAUGAAUGGAAUACCACCUAGGGAGGACUCAAAGUUGAUCAUCAAGGAUCUGCUUUUUGAUGGGAUUCCAGUAAGAAUAUAUUGGCCUAAGGCAUCACCUGCUAGAAACAGGAGAGGAAUGCUCUAUCUCCAUGGAGGAGCUGGCUUAUUUGGAAGCAUCCGCGCAUAUGAAAGGGUGUGCCGCUACAUUGCCCGAGAGAGUGACACCGUGGUUGUGAGUGUUGAAUUCCGUUUAGCUCCUGAGCAUCGGCACCCAGUCCCAUUACUCGACUGCUGCACUGCUGCAAUACACUUUCUGAAGAAUGCGAAGGAAUAUGGAGUGGACCCCAACCGCAUUGCCAUUGGUGGGGACAGUAGCGGAGGAACAUUGGCUGCUGUUGUUUGUCAAGAGCUGGUGACCAGAGUGGACCUUCCAAGAAUGCGAGCACAGAUCAUGGUCUACCCCUUCCUGCAAGCAGUGGACUUCAAUUUGCCUUCCCAUCAGCAAAACCAUUCAGUUCCCAUGUUGUUCAGGAAACGGGCUAUCAAACUUGGUUUCGCAUAUCUCACUGGGAAGACUAUCAAUGUGGAAGGGAUUAUAGAGAGUGCCCAUGUUCCUAGGGAUAUGUGGGUGAAGUACAGAAAAUGGAUUAGUGCCGAUAACCUUCCAGAAGAAUUUAAGGCCAGGGGCUAUGUCUCAAAAGUGCCUGUUUCAUUUUCACAAAAGCUUUAUGAACUUGCCAAAAAGGCUUUUGACCCAAGGUUCUCCCCACUUUUGGCAGAAGAUGCGAUUAUCUGCCAGCUCCCCAAGACAUUCAUUUUGACCUGUGAGCAUGAUGUUCUGCGGGACGAUGGUCUGUUGUACAAGAAGCGGCUAGAGGACAAUGGUGUGCCAGUGACAUGGCAUCAUGUUCAGGAUGGGUUCCAUGGAGUAGCAUUCUUCAUUGAUUAUGCGCUACUUGAAUUUCCAGGCACACGGGACUGUAUGGAGCAUGUAGCACAGUUCUUAAAAGGGCUGUAGAGAUAAAUGACCCACUUUCAUUAGCAGUGCUAGUCUUCCACUUCAGUGGAGGGAUAUAUUACUCCGAUAUGAAUAACUUGAACAGUCUCAAAGAAAGGGCUGCCUUCAGUGUUAGCCCCGCUCAGAGCAGAGCCACUGAAAUGAAUGAACACAGCAAACCUAUGUACAUUAAUUUCAACUUACUCGGAUACAACCCAAAUCCUUUCUCUCUCUCAAGGAUGAAUGAACUCGUGGCAGUCUUUACGUUCUUGGACUACUACUCCCAUCAGUCCUGACAGUUGGCCAUGGUGGCUGAGGAUGUUGGGAGUUGGAGGGCCCAGAGCUUGGGAAAGUUACUUUUUUGAACUACAACUCCCAUCAGCCCCAGCCAGUAGGGCCACUGGAUUGGGCUGGUGGGAGUUGUAGUUCAAAAAAGUAACUUCCCCAAGCUCUGGGAGGGCCACAAGUUCCCCAUCUCUAAAUACUGUGUAAAUGUUGAUAUUCAAUUACGAACACGCUUUAUAACAGUUCUUAAUAAAGCAACACUAACAUGGUCAAGAUGGUGAAUCAAGGGGGGGACUGGAAACAGCUGUUCCUUAUGUAAUCUGUAACAUCCUCAGACAUCUGGAGGGUUUGUGCCUGGCAUUGGUGAACGGGGCCAGCUAGGGAUUUAUUUGGUAUGUUGCCUGGCAUGCUACCCAACAGCCUCCCCGCCUGAGUUGCCUUGGACAUAGUAUGGAGAUCCCCAGGCUUGUAGUACUGCAGGAUUUUUCACAUCCAUGUUGAGGCUGCCAGGCCUGGGGCAGCUCAGGACUCCAUGGCCUCCAUGACAGCCAUGGGACUGUCCCAACAUGUCAUCAGCCCAAGGGAUGUGGCCCACCACACCUUGGACCUGGUUUUCUUGGUGGGGCAAGAAGAGGAAAAUCUGGAGGUCGGGGAUCUUACUUAGAAGUAGUACAUCCAGGGUCUCAGGGGAUCCUAGAACUCUUACUUUUUUGGGAGCCAGGUCCCUAAGUCUCCAGUUUCUUAUGAGCCAAUCAGCAUGAAAUGGGAGUGUGUUAGCCACUGAGAAGAGUCUUCUAACUUGCUCCUUGUCAUUUCCUGCUGACUGGAGACAAUCAGAGUGAACGGAAUUCCUGUUCAUUCCUACUUCAAAAAGCCAAGUUGUAGAGAGUGAGAGGGUGUGGCUGUGACUAUGGAGGAGGGACCCUGCACUUCUCAAAUUGCCACUACUCUACUGAUCUUACCAUCAUUCCCUCCACCCCCCAGAAUGCACUAACCACCCCAUUCCCCCCAUUAAUCCAUUAGAUCAGGGGAUGGGCAUUUUUUUUGCUCCCACCCCAUGGUCCAACAUUCACUGGUGGGUGGGUCAACCCUCCUGUGAAUUACAUGACAUCCUGUCAAAAUCCCACAAGCAGAGGUUGAAAGAGCUAGGGUGGAAAGCCUUGCAGAAACCUCCCUGUGCUGAUCCUGUCAACUUUUCCGAUCCUCCCCGGCUUCUCGUUUGUGCUCCUGUUAGGAAUAAAUUAUUUCCUAGACCCCAAGAGUUGUCAAGAGUUGUCAAGAAACGCUACAGAACUAAUGCCGCAAUGAAUCAUGGAUCUCCAAGGGGGUGUGGGACAUGACCCUCUAGCUCUCGCUUCUUCCCUCAUGAGAAAGGAACACGCCGAGGCGCCUAUCAGGCUAGAGAAAGAGAUAAAAUGUAUCCCAUCUGGAUUGUUAUUGUUUCUCUCUGUCUUGCUUCACUAUACAAAUCCUGCACAUUGUAGCUAAUCCAGCACAAGUUGUUCCCAAAACACUUUGUUAGAAUGUAUCCAUAGUUUUACGUCAUACUGCUGUGUGGGUAACUUUCAAAAGCACACUAAACCCCAUGGUCAUCUAGCACCAAGUGUCAAUCCAAACAAGGAUAUGAAGAAGCGCUUGCUUUAUCUCUGUAACACUGUAUUCCCAUCUUAUGAUAUUAAUAAUAUUGUAUCUUGUUUUGCUUAUGAAAACUACAUAAAGGAUGCUUUAAUUAAUAAACGUUGCUCUCUUCC